CAAUUAGUUGAAUCAGGUGUCGUAAUGCUGGGCUGAAACAAUCACCUGCACCCACACCAGCCCUUUUCGGAUAAGAUUGGACACCCCCGGUCUACACCCUUCAGUUCUGUUUAUGCUGCUGUUCAGCAUGAAGCGGAGAGCUGACGGCAAAGCACCAGCAGAGGGCAGCACCGAGUGACGAGAACACGACCCCCCCUUCCCCUCACCCCUGUGCGUACGUGUGGGAGGGGUCCUCAGAUUCUACGCGGAGGUCCACGGAGAGGGUAGGCGACUGGUCAUGCGGGCCACGCCCUCCGUCUCCCCAGGCCCCGCCUAGCGAACCGGCCCCGCCCCCCUCGCUUUCCACCAUGCCGGGCGCCGCCCGCAGCUCGAGGAGCGCGCUGACCCGCCGGCGCGGCCGCGGCGGAGCGUGAAGGCUGCCGGCGCGGCGGAAUGGCCUCCCUGGACCUGCCCUACCGCUGUCCUCGCUGCGGGGAGCACAAGCGCUUCCGAAGCCUCUCCUCCCUCCGGGCGCACCUGGAGUACAACCACACCUACGAGACCCUCUACGUGCUGUCCAAGUCCAACAGCGUCUGCGACGGGGCCCUGGUCCCCCUGGUGACCGAGCGGCCCCUGCUGACCGCGGCGGGCGGAGGGCGCGACCCCGCCGAGCAGCACCGCGCCCGGGACCAGCGCUUCCCCUACGACCUGCCCUGCGCGGAGGACCUGGGCCUGACGGCGGCCGCCGCCCGCUGCAUCCCCAAUGUGGAGAUCCCCCUGAGCGAGAUCUUCAUCAAGAAAGGCAUGGCCUCCGCCAACACCCCCAACCCCGGCACCGCCGUGGCCGUGGCCGCCAACGUGGCCGCCAGCGCCGUGGAGGCCGCCUACGAGGAGGGCCUGGCCCGGCUCAAGGUGCGGGCCUUCGAGAAGCUGGAGCUGGACGAGCGGCUGGAGAAGCUCUCCGAGGAGGUGGAGCAGAAGAUCGCGGCGCGGGUGGGGCGCCUGCAGGUGGAGCUGGAGCGGAAGAGCUCCGAGCUGGAGAAGGCCAAGCAGGAGAGCGUCCGCCUCAGCCAGGAGAAGCAGGACCUGGAGGACAAGGCCUCCGAACUCUCCAGGCAGGUGGACGUCUCCGUGGAGAUGCUGGCCACCCUCAAACAGGACCUGGUCAACAAGGAGCAGGAGCUGACCCACAAGCAGCAGGAGGUGGCUCAGAUAGACCAGUUCCUGCAGGAGACGGCGGCGCGGGAGGCUAACGCUAAGGUGCGGCUGCAGCAGUUCAUCGAGGAGCUGCUGGACCGGGCCGACCGUGCGGAGAAGCAGCUGCAGAUCAUCAGCAGCUGCGGGACCACGCCCAACGGCAGCCUGGGCCGCUGCAGCGUCCCCGGGUCCAAAGGCACCAGCCGACAGAGGAACUCCAGUCUCUCGGGGACCUCCAGAGGAAUGUACCAGGUGUCAGACCGCCACUCUUCUCCCAGUACGGGGGCUUCGGGCCGGGCGAAGUCGGUGUCCCAGGGCUCGGGGGGCUACGACAGCGACAGCGUGGAGAUGCAGCCCCUGGAGGAGUGCGCCGAGGCGCAGUACUACCACGUGCAGUGCCGGAUGGGCGAGGCCGGCUACGAGCGGGCCGCCAUGUCCCGCAGCUGGGGCCUCCGCAAGCAGGCCAUCCAGAACUGGCAGCGCCGGCCCUACCGAAACAGCACCGAGGGCGAGGAGGGAGACGUGUCCGACGUGGGCUCCCGCACCACCGAGUCCGAGGCCGAGAUCUGGGAGCAGGAGCGCAGAGCCUCCGACUCUCAGCACGCUGCUCCUAACAGGGGCGGAUACCGCCUGGGCACAGGCCGGUCGGAGGGCGGCUGCAAGCCGUGCCGCCACGACAAGGGCAGCCCGUCCAGGUCCAACGAGGUGAUCAGCCCGGAGGUGCUGAAGAUGCGGGCGGCCCUCUUCUGCAUCUUCACCUACCUGGACACCAAGACGCUGCUGCGGGCCGCCGAGGUCUGCCGCGACUGGAAGUUUGUGGCCCGCCACCCCGCCGUGUGGACCCGGGUGCUGCUGGAGAACGCCCGGAUCUCGUCUAAGUUCUUGUGCACACUGUCUCAGUGGUGCACGCAGACCCACUCCCUCAUCCUGCAGAACCUCAAACCCAGGCAGAGGGGCAAGAAGGAGACCAAAGAGGAGUACCUGAAGAGCACACGUGGAUGUUUGGAGGAGGGGCUGGAGGCUCUUCUGAAGGCUGCCGGGGGCAACCUGCUGAUCCUGAAGGUGUCCCACUGUCCAAACCUCCUGACGGACCGCUCCCUGUGGCUGGCCAGCUGCUACUGCCGCGCCCUGCAGGCCGUCACCUACAGGAGUGCCACUGACCCUGUUGGGCAGGAAGUGAUUUGGGCCCUGGGAGCCGGCUGCAGGGACAUCAUCUCCCUACAGGUGGCGCCACUUCAUCCCUGCCAGCAACCGGCUCGCUUCAGCAACCGGUGCCUGCAAACCAUUGGCCGAUGCUGGCCACACCUGCGGGCCCUUGGAGUGGGCGGGGCUGGGUGCGGGAUUCAGGGCUUGGCUUCAUUGGCAAGGAACUGCAUGCGUCUGCAGGUUUUAGAGCUGGACCAUGUUAGCGAAGUCAACCAGGAGGUGGCAGCAGAGGUGUGCAGAGAGGGGCUGAAGGGCCUGGAGAUGCUGGUGCUCACUUCUACCCCUGUUACUCCAAAGGCCCUGCUACACUUCAACAGUGUGUGCCGGAACCUCAAAUCGAUCGUGGUGCAGAUCGGCAUCGAGGACUACUUUGAGGACCCCAACAGCCCGGAGGCCAGGAAACUGUUUGACGAGAUGGUGAACAAGCUACAGGCCCUGAAGAAAAGACCCGGUUUUUCCAAGAUCCUGCAUGUUAAGGCGGAUGGGGUUUGCUAACCUCCGCUCCCCACUCCCGACCCAGAUCCCCACAUCCCCCCGCCACCCCCCCUUCCACCCAAAAAAACAAAAAACCCAAAGGGUGCCGAAGAGGAGGUACAAGACCUCCAAAACUAACUGACUAAGUCCUCGACCCUUUUCCAGGAAGCAGUCGAAUCGACAACUAACCACCACAAACCGAGAGAAGUGAAGCAGGAGCUGGUGAAGAUGUGGGGUGCCAGCGUUGAGUCAGCCUCACUGAGGUGCUCCAAAAACAGGACCAUUUUCAUCACAUUUACUGAACAAAAAGCAGGCGCAACUGAAAAAGAGGCUGCUUCAGUGUCACGGCAUUGCCACAGUUUAACUGUGAGGCUGUGCUCUCUGGACAAUAGGCAGAAGUUCUCUACAAAGAGGGCUUCAGCAGUUUAUGACCCCGCACGCAGUCGCUGGUCGCUUCUUAGUAGACUCACUUGGACAGAACACAGACCUCUUUCUCCAUAGCACAGAGCUGGUCAGAUUUCGGGGGGAAGAAGUCAAAGUGAAGCCACUUUUCUACAUGGUUGGCUUUGCAGACUGUGUUUAAAUAGCUUUUUAAGGACGUGAAACCACAGAGCACAUUUUUGGAAACGCACACGUUGAAGAUGUGAGGAGUUGGAAGAACUGUUCUAAACGUACCCUACAGGAAAUGCCCAACUCCUCUGAACCCAUGCGAAUGAUCACUUCCUGUGACUACAAAAAGAGCUCCGGACUACAAAAAUGACGGCCUUUCUGUGGCUCUCCGUAUCAAUGCACUGUGUGUGUCUGGCAUUAGCAUGGCCCUGUAUGUGUGUAUAUGUGUGUGAGUAUGUGUGUUUUGCACAGCUUGAGAAGUUUAAGUUAAAGGCCUUGGUUGAAGAAGAAGUCAGUACAUUACUUUUCCAAUACUAUUAAAGUUAGGUGGUUUGAAGAGCACACAAUGGGUGUUGCUGCUUUGUAAAUAACCACCUUUCUUGACAAUAACAUGAAGUGCAUAAUGUUAUUACGUUGCAAGUCCGGACAGGAAAAUAUCACAGCAAUGCCUAUGAGCUUUCUGAUUUAGCGUUUUAAUUUCACACUAUUUUCAGGCCAGGGGAAUGUCAUGCAGUUAAUUUGGCUAAAGAUGAUCCUCCAUGUUAGCACGUGACCUUGGUUAGACCAUUCAGCCUGUUCACUAUCGAGUAUUAUGUGCAUCUGACUCAUGCAUACUCACACACACACACACACACACUCAUGUCACUGCAAAGGAAACACCAGCUGCAAGCGUAUAACGUUGAAAGUGUCAAUCAUCACUUAAGAGUAUUUUCCAAAUUCUUUUUUCUUGAAGAAGGACUGUGGAACUCCUCUUUGCUUGUUUGCAAAUACACAGUAGUUCAAAGGACCACAUCAUGUGACAGGGUCUUAGAGCCAAUAGCAAGCUCUAUUGGGCAACCCAGUGCCCUUGUCGGAUCCAGCAGCUCAACAGGAUCAUCAGCUGCUCUCCAACGCACAUCCCAUCCUCUCUGUCUUUCAUUCUGCAUCCCCCAUUGAUUACUACUGUCUGUGUCCUGGGACCUGCACUCCAUAAGUUUGCAUCUCAAGAUCUGUUGCUCACAAAAAGGGGUUGUAAGUGGAUUGUUAUUUAUGCCUUACCUUGAUAAUGUGCCAUUCAUUUGUAAUUUUACUCCUUUUGAUUGCGUAUGUGCCAUUACAUUACCUGCAAAUCAGGUGCAACUCUCAAAUCUGUUUCAGUGUUGUGGUGAACAUGCUGUCUGAAACCAGAACUUUACAGAUGUAAAGUUUCCCUGAAAAGUCCACACGAUCCUAUAAGAUGUACCAAUGCAAAGGGAUUUCUAAUAUAUUUACAUGUAUAUAGAUGAUCCAAAUGGUGCAUUUUAUGGUCAGCCUCGGAUAACACAUUUGUAUAAUUCAGUGUGUAUGCGUACAGUUCAAAUUCUGUGCUGGACAUGGUUUAAUAAUCCGUAAUUUGCAAUCCCUGUAUGACUCAAUAGAUCGACCUGCUCCUGACCUCUUGUCUCCGCUGAUUAGGGGAUAAGUCAUAACUCACAUUGCCUAAAGCCUUCUGUGAACGGUGCCGAAGGCGGUUUGAUCUGAUUUGGUCUUCUGGUGGAUGUUUCAACACCUUCUCUGGUGACUAAAUAGCAGCUGCCUCGCUGUCAUAAAUGUAAUCAGUUGUGAUUCUCAUGAUUUGUGUCAGUGAUGAGGAGGCAAAGUUGAACACCCUUUUUCGGCCUCACGCUCAGGCGGAAGCCUGCUAGCUCGAUUGCGUGCGCUGCGUACGUUCCUGAGGCGCGUUAGAGGGCUAAAUGCAACGUUCAAACUCAGUGGAAGCAUUCGGAAAGUACGAAUAUCAUAGAAACGUUUAUAAUGCCACAAGAAGACAAAAACCAGAUUGAAUGCCUUUGCUGUCCAGUGUGUGCUGUCUCUGUCUGUCUGUCUGCAUACUGUGCAGUGAUGGAAACAAUUAUCACCACCUUCCGCCCGUUUUCUCCCACUUCACCGCCCUUUCGGUCAAAGAACCUGCGUCGGUUCUGACGUCGCACGAAUGUGAUUCGUGACAUCACAUGAAUCGCGUCAAUCUAUGAAUGUGGAUAUGUAACAAGCCCCAUUUUAAAGCACAUUGGAUUACCUGUCUAAUUUAAGAGGUGGGGGAGGGGGGCUCACGCAUCAUUGUUUACGAUAAAGGGUUGGGGAAUGGGUUGAUGGCGUCAAUACACACGAUGAGCUGUGACUCAGCUUGCCCUCGCCCCAUCACCCGAAACCUCCAUACUCACCCCCUCCCUCCCUCCCCCUGCCCCGCUACUGCAGAAACAAGCGAUGCAAUAAGACAUUGUUUCCACCACUGUGUCAGCACUCAGUACUGUAUCUGUUAUCAGUCCAACGCCGGUGCUCUCUUCAAGAGGAACUUGUCGAGCUCUGAUUCCACCCGGACCUGGGACGUGUGUUGAACGUUACCCUGAGUGCUGAGCUGGACGGAGGCCAGCCUGUGACCUCUGACAGGCGGAAGCAAUACUGCACUUCCUGGCGCAAAAUCACCAAAUCGUUAUCAUCUUGGAUAGAGAUACAGUUUCAGCAUGGAUCAAUAGUAUGGAUCAAUAGUCUCAUUCACAGUCUGGUUAAUGAUCUGAUCUUAAAGAGUGAGCAUUCAUACGCUGUAUAGAUUGUAACAUACAGUGUGCUUUGUGAAAAAUAUCUUUCCUUACCAUGGUGCUUUGUUACCUACAUGCAAAUUUGAUGUGUGAGAUGCAUUGUGAGGACUGAUGUAACCAUAUUUUUUUUAGUUGACUAUAUGCUCUCAGCCAAGACAUGAGCUAACCAUACUGAGGUAGGGGGAGCUGAGGGGAGGAGAGACGUACAGCAUGUGAAUCUGGUCUAAAGUCCACUUAGAACCAACACAGAGGCAGCUCUUUGAGGAAAAAAUUGGCCUUUUCUACAGGGCUACUUAGUCCAGGGGGAUCUAUAGGCCUUUGCCCCAGAUAGGCAGUUAUAUCCAGAUCCACAGGGUCAUCGUCCUGUCUUGAACCCCCUCAGCUCCCCCCCUUUGUCCAGGUCCUAUGGAGUUGAUGGUUAACAGCGGGUUUGUAGAGCCUGCAGGAUUGUGCAGCUCAGAAGCCCCCUUUGCGGCUGAGGCCCUGGGCGCCUCUGUCAGGGAAAAAAAAAAAAAAAAAAAAACGAAAUCAUGCCAGCAUCAACCUUGCUGUACUUCUGCAGCUCCAGCUCUCAUCAGCAUAGCGGUUCAAAGCGACGCGAAGCCGACGCGUUUUUCAGGAAGACGACGAGAUGAAACUGGCGGGCUUUUUUUGGAAUUUUCCGCAAAGAGGAGACGGUCUCAGGCUGCUCCGGCUCAAACCGCGCGCCAGACGGGCGGCGUCGGUCGCGCCGAGUGUAGUCACCAUCGCUAUGCAGCCGUACUGCGCGCGGUCUCUGAGCGGAGGAGACAAAGAUGCGGUCGCGAAGCUCUGCUGCGCCAUGUGGCAGCCGUCACAGCGGACUAGAACAGUGUAAUUAUUCAAUGGGGUCACGCUUUGAUUUCCGGGUUUUUGACAAUCUGUCUCGUGAAGACCGUAAAAGCUGUACAUAAUGCUUAUUUCUAAAGAAGGGCACUGUUUGGUGUUACUGCGUUUCGGUGGUGAAGGAGACGAAAUUACAUUUGAAAAAAGAAAAAAAAAUUCUGAAAAGGACCCCAGUCCAUAGAUGUUAUAUCGUAUUUGUAUGUUACUCCAAAGGUCAAGACUUGUGUAUUAUAGAUACUUUAUAUUAAAUGUGAAACAAAGUCCUAUACAGAUGGAUAUUAUUUAAUGAGAGAAGAUAAAGAUUAUUUGAAAUAUUUAUUUCUAUAAAAAGAGAUGUCUAUACUGUUGGCAUGUCCGUUUAAACAUUAAUCAUCAUGUUGCCUUUUUAGCUGUACUGUAGUCGAUAGAAAAAUUGGUGUUCAGGACUGAAUUGCUUGCUGCAGUGUUCUGCAUUUAACUUUAUUUUUUAGUCAACUGUUGCACUAGUGGAAAAAAAAAAGAGGAAUAUGUUUUGUGCAGUACUACAAUGCUCUUAGAUGUUCUUUCUUUAGAAGUAAGGUAUUUCUCAGUAUUUGUUAUAUAUGAAGCACUUUAGAGUCUGUUUGCUAGGGCGCUUGUAGAGAUCUGGUUGUCAGUGGCAGUAGAUGACAAGGAAAUCAAGAUUUUUUUUCAGUCUGGGUGAUGCAGUGCCUGCGUUUCCAUGGUUUUCGUUCAUUGUGCCAAGCCCACGUCACAUGAUGAAAGCCCUUUUCUGUAGCAUUCUUCACCAGCCAGAGAAUUCUUUGUGAAGCACUUUUCUUUUUUCAGUUUCAUUGGACCAAAUUUUGUUUCCUGUCCAGUGUAGGACAUCUUGACAUGCCUUCAGGGGUGUGUGGUUGUCAGAGAAGUGACUGUACCCAGUUUUAUUAACUUUCUGGCCUGGGGCAGCGGUUGGAGAAUAGUUUACAUUUGUUUAGAUGCUGUGGCCUUGAUUUGGAUGCGUAUAUCAUUGCUGCCAUUGCACUGAAAGCCUCAGCUAUAUAAACACUAUAUCUUUGCGAUCAUCAUAUUUACAUUCUUUCUUCCCCGUUUUGCGUUUUUCACCUGGGGCAACUCAGAGUCAGUACCUGAUAUCACACCUAUGUUUAUCCUGGCUCAACCACAUUCAAGUGCAUUAGAAGCUGAACACCAACAUGACCUUACUGAACAAACAUUAGUAAUGAUGUUACGGAUCUAACCUGUGUUCUUUGUGUUUUCUUUUUUUUUUUUUUUUAAUACCUUUACUGAAAAUGAUGGGUCUAUUGAUAUUCCAUUUCAAGUGUAGAGACCGUUCUCUAUAUAACAGGAGGAAGUAAGCAUAGUGAAAUAGGGGGUAGUUGGUUCACAGACAAGAACCAUGCAACCAAGAAACUUAAUGGCUAUGUAAUGAAUGUUUGCACUUAAUGUAUUGGUUGUAUCUGAAUAUUAUGUGUUGGCCUAACCUUAGUUGCUAUACUUGGACUUCCAUUAUUCCAAUGUACCAAAUACAUUUGAAUGGUUUAUUAUCCUUGUGUGCUAGAAUCCUCCUUAUCCUUCUCGUUAAAGUCUGUCAGGAUAAUAGUCUGAUUUAGGAUUAAUCUGAGGAAAUUGGAUUUUUUUUCCCCAGUGAAGCUUCAGCCUGAUUCUCAGUUUCAGAAAUUGGUAUUGGUUCACAGUUACGUGAUGCCUUGUUACAGUAAGAUGAAAUGUGAUUGGUUCACAGGUUCAUCAGUUAGAAUGGCCCAUUGUUGCAUGUUUGUUGCAGAAACAUUCUUCUCUGUUCUUAUCUGUAUAAAUGAUUGUACUUCCUGUACAUUAUCCAGAACUUUGGCUACUCCCAAUCUCUAGAAUUAUUUACCCAACACAAUUAUUUUGUUGAUGUUUUUUUGAAACUCCAUUUAUAAUAAGAUUACCAGUGAUCUUCCAGUGUUACUCAAAAACACUGAGCGCUUUGUCCGGAUGCUUCCAUAUGUUUCAAGGUCUCCUGCAAGCACAAGUCAUUAUUGUGUAUCCUGCGUAAGGCAUCCUUGACCUUUAGUAUUGAUAUGUGAAGUACAGUUGCCAUGAUGUCAUUGCUUUCAAGAAAGCCUUGGUGCGGAAGCAAAUCAUUGUGGCACUUUAGCAAAUACACACUCACAAACAAAACGAAGAACACUACAGUUCACUGUUGGAAACAUUGUUUUUUCAGCAUUUACAAAAGAGGAACUUUGAAUGAUUAGGAUAUUUGAAGGGAUUUCAAUCUUGUUUGUAUUUGCAUCAUCCUGAUGUGUAAAAACCAACAAAUUUUACUUUUGGGAUGUAGAUUAGGAGCUUCCCUCACAAAGCAAUGUAUUGAGCUGACCAGAACAUUUCAGGUUGUGUAUGAAAAACCGUGAAAUGUUGUGAUUGUCAGGAAGUGUCGGCAGAUUUUUAAGAGCUGUUUUUGUUCUCGUAGGACUUGAGCAAUGAGAUGCUUUGUGAGGGACAAAGGGAAGCGUUCGUUUUUGGAGGGGUGCGAUGUGUCUGUUCCAAAGGCAAUGGAAUGUUGUGUGCAAAGACACCUUUCUGCUUUAAAGGUUCUUAAAUUCAGUGCAUUUUCUAAUGUAGUUCAUGCAGUGCAAUAUGUGCUUGUUUUCCUCAAGGUGUAAAUUUAGCUGUACUGACUGCAAUCUGUGACAGUCCAAAGGUGUGGGCUGCAGUCUAGUUUCUACAGUAGUUCAUGUGCCUAUAUAUAGAUAACUCAACUGAUCGCCGUUAGGGGUCGGGUAUAUUGUUGCCAGUUAAAUGUUUUGAAUCUGCCGUUGUGUGCAUAGCGAUAUAGCAUUACUCGAAAUACGCGAAUGUUGUUGCAUUGAAUACACUUCCAUGGAUAUAAUUUUUCAUGAAGAACGGCGGCCCCUUGUGCAUUAUCAUAACUGAUUACCGUCGUUCCUUUCAACUACAGUGGUGUGUGGAACUGCUUUACGUACUGUAUGCAUGUGGGGCCACAGAUAUCAAUGCAUCACUUUUAUGGAAAAUUGUGUGAAGUGGGACAUUUUAUUGUUCAGUUUUACAGAUCUCUCACACAAAGCUGGGAGGAUGUGUUGAUAAUUUGUACCGCAAAGAGAAAUAAUAGUUUGCUUCAACCAAAACAUUUUUUGAACAAUCAGUUAACUGUUAAAUAGCAUGUAUUUUAAUGAGCAUAAUGAACUUAUGUUUUUUGUCUUUUAUUUUUGCAAGUGAAUCUCCCAGAUCUCUAUAAGUUUGGCGGUUAAAAAAAGAAGGACCAGUAACGUAGUGUCAAGUGUGAAGAAGAUGUUUUGGUGUGUGAAUAUAAGGUCUUGCUUCUUUUCAAGGCAAAAAAUCACAACAGAAAAGGCAGCAUGCAUCUUUGGUGGUAUUCUUAUGGGUGCUGUUGACAGGGAGGACACAGUCGAUUAUUUUAGAGACAAUAAUGUGAGUUUCAAAAGUAAGAAUGAGAAGGGAAAAAAAUAAGGGUGCAGUGAGAUGCUUGCUCUGGUCUACCAAUCUGUGCCGGUUUUUGUCUCUCGCCAGACAGGUUGGACAGGCAUUGAACAAGUAGACCGGUUGCCAAGAUUGGCACAAAGUGGCACAAAUAGUAGUUCAGCUCCGCCUUGUGCCACAAGUACUGCACUGUUAGAACCACCUGGCUGGUAUGGCAACCUGGCCCUGAACUCCACACAUGGACAGUACGCCAUAUAGGCUACAAUUGAGUUGCUGUAAGGGAAUAUACUAAAUAAAUGAGUAAAUACACUGCAUGAAAACCAAUAUUAGUGGUACUCACUGCAGCAAAAAUUGUGCCUGCUGUCCUUGCCAUGACUGGUGUGUGCGAGCACAUUUUAAAGGUGAAGUUCUGCUGUGUUUCGUGUUGUUACCACAACAAUUUUUCAGCUGCCAGGAGGUCAAAUAUAAGAGAGCUCUGGGACCAAGGCAGUGGGCUGCGGAGUGGCUUGGAGCUUAUUCUUACUGUUGUGGGUCUCAGUAGAUCGAUCCCUUAAUAAACCACCCGUAAACCUCCUUUGCGGAAGAUGCGGGUGAUUGAAUUUAGCAGGGCGAGAAACGACAGACGUUGAACACUUUAAAUCCACAAUUUCCACAUGAUUUUCUACCUUUAUAUGAAUUACUCACUCACUGUACGUAGUCAGUAUGUUACUUGGAUACUGGACAACAGUGAGAAGAGGAGUUCAGCCACUCCUUUCAUGUUAUUUCUCUCCUCGGAUUGAGAUGAGGUCUAUGACAAGGUGACGCAGCCCCUGUAGAAGCACUUCAGAUGCCUCUGCUUUUUCUUGUGUGAUACGCCAUGCGGAAUGCAAGCAAAAAUGGUAUUGACAGAAGUGUAUCACUGACUCUUUGUGGGUACAUGUUAAAUAAAGAUUGUGAAACAAGCUGA